AGACGAAAACCUCGAAAACCCGAAGAUGGAAGAAGUGAGAAAGGGGCCAUGGACCGAGCAAGAAGAUAGUCAGCUGGUGCUGUAUGUCAACUUAUUUGGUGAUCGCCGGUGGGAUUUCAUCGCCAAAGUGUCAGGUUUGAGAAGAACGGGCAAGAGUUGCCGGCUUCGUUGGGUUAAUUAUCUUCACCCGGGCCUCAAGAGGGACAAGAUGACCCCUCGCGAAGAACGCCUUGUUAUUGAAUUGCAUGAUAAAUGGGGAAAUAGAUGGUCAAGAAUUGCUCAAAACUUACCUGGACGUACGGACAAUGAGAUCAAGAACUUUUGGAGGGCUCACGCGAGGAAAAAUGUGAAAACACGUGUUUCUCCCUCAUUAUCUCUGUCGUCGUUGUCUUCAUCAUCGUCAUCUUCUUUUUCUUCCACCGGCAUAAAAAAAGCUAUCACAAGCGAUAAUCUUGAGGAGACGGGACACAAUCAUGAUGCGAACUCUUCUAUGCAAAACAAAACCCUUUUUUAUGGUGACGAAAUGUGCUAUUCCAUGGAUGAAAUAUGGAGAGAUAUUGAGAUGUCGGAACAAGAAAAUCCGAGUCAAACAAUGGCAAUAACUUGUCCUAAUCCCUAUUGGGUAAACGAUGAUCAUUGUCACCCAUUGUUGGUCGAUGAUCAUCCAUUGUUUCUUCCGUUUUAGCCCUAAUACGCUCGUUUGGGGUUUUAAUGUGUGGCCGAAGUCUAUGGGUAUUUUAGAUUUUUGUCGGUAUUUAGUUAUCAUAAAACUUUAUUAUUAUUACUAUUAAGAAGGUGAUAGGACGGGUUUUUGGAGAAUUUAAGUGUUUUCU